AUGAUUCUGACAGACAUAAAUCUAACUUCUGAAGUCACAUUCGCUCUCUUGGGCUUCUCAGAUUACCCAGAACUGCAGGUUCCCCUCUUCUUGUUUCUGGCAAUCUACAGCUUCAGAGUGGUGGGGAACCUGGGGAUGAUUAUGAUCACCAAGAUUAACCCCAAACUGCACACUCCCAUUGCUUUCCUCAGCCACCUCUCCUUUGCAGAUUUCUGCUAUUCCUCCAUCAUUGCUCCCAAGAUGCUGGUGAACCUUAUUGUAGACGACAGGACCAUUUCAUUUUUAGGAUGUAUAAUGCAGUUCUUUUUCUUUUGCACAUUUGUAGUGACUGAACUAAUUCUAUUUGCUGUGAUGGCCUAUGACCACUUUGUGGCUGUCUGUAACCCCCUGCUGUUGACAGUAGUCAUGUCACAGAGGCUCUGUGCACUGCUGGUGCUUGGAUCAUAUGCAUGGGGGGUGUUGUGCUCCUUGACACUCACCUGUUCUGCCUUAAAUUUAUAUUUCCGGGGUUUCAGCACAAUCAAUCACUUCUUCUGUGAACUGGCGUCCCUAAUAGCCCUCUCUUGCUCGGAUUCUCAUCUUACCCAGUUACUGCUUUUUAUUGUUGCCACUGUCAGUGAGGUAAGCACACUGCUCAUCAUUCUUACAUCGCAUUUGUUCAUUAUUGUCACUGCCCUGAAAAUGCAUUCAUCUAGUGGACACUGCAAAGUCUUCUCUACCUGUGAGACCCACAUGACAGCCAUCACCAUCUUCCAUGGAACCAUAUUAUUUCUCUACUCUGUGCCCAACUCCAAGAAAUCCAGGCACACCAUCAAAGAGGCUUCUUUGUUUUACACAGUUGUGAUCCCCAUACUAAACCUCUUGAUCUACAGUCUGAGAAAUAAAGAUGUCAAAGACACAGUCAGUAAAAUAAUGAAUGUAAGAUAUUUUUCUCAGUGA